GGAGGGAGAAGAGGAGUGGAGUCUCUCUCUCUCUCUCUCUCUCUCUCUCUCUCUGUGCAGAGAAAAGAGGUAUGCCAUUUCUCUCUGCAAUCUGAAGUUAGGGUUUCUGAGAUUUGAAGCAAGCAUCUAGGGUUUGUUAGUUUUGUGGUUUGGAAUCUUGGCUCCCGUGCAACCUUUACAACCCUUACCCGUUUAUGCUGCUGUUGAAUUGAUAGGCAUUCAUUGAGUUAUGGCUAUCACUGCAUCUGCUUCCUCCACUGGCCCCCGUUAUGCACCACCAGACCCAACACUUCCCAAGCCAUGGAGAGGUCUGGUCGAUGGGAAAACUGGUUAUCUGUAUUUCUGGAAUCCGGUAACAAACGUAACUCAAUAUGAGAGGCCUGUUGCUACCCCGCUUCCAGGCCCACUGCCUGUUCCGAAGUCUGCUACAAUACCCGUAAGUUCUUCAGUUCAAAUUCAGCAGUCGUCAGGUUCCUCUGCUCCAGGACAGAAACAUCAGAAAUCUAAAGAGGAAAAUGACCAAUAUGGUGGAAGCAACCAUGAUUCAGGAGAUCGUCAGGGUACGAGGGAUAGUGUUUCCUACUCGCAGAAUGCCCCAAGUGUUUCUCUCAAUGCUGGGCAUGGUGUGGCUAACGUGCAUAAUCAUGGGUCUGAUGUGCAGCCCUUGGGAUCAUCUGCUGGAGUGCAUGGGGCCUUUGAUGUGGGAGGUGCUUCAUCUGCUGAAUCCUAUCGCCGUAAACAUGAAAUAACUGUUAGGGGAGAUGACGUUCCAGCACCAUUCAUGACAUUUCAAGCCACUGGUUUCCCACAAGAAAUUCUUAGAGAGGCUCAACAUGCUGGGUUUUCUGCUCCAACCCCAAUUCAGGCCCAGUCAUGGCCAAUUGCUUUAAAGGGCCGUGACAUUGUGGCCGUUGCAAAGACUGGUUCAGGCAAAACCUUGGGUUAUCUUAUCCCGGGGUUUAUUCAUCUCAAGCGUCGUUGCAACAAAUCUCAGAUGGGUCCAACAGUGUUGGUUCUUUCACCAACAAGGGAGUUGGCAACACAGAUACAAGAUGAAGCUGCAAAAUUUGGCAAGUCCUCAAGAAUUUCAUGCACGUGUUUAUAUGGAGGAGCUCCGAAAGGUCCUCAGCUUAGAGAUCUAGAGCGAGGAACAGAUGUUGUGGUUGCAACUCCAGGGCGGUUGAAUGAUAUUCUAGAGAUGCGAAGAGUCAGCCUGCAGCAAGUCUCAUACCUGGUUCUUGAUGAGGCAGACCGCAUGCUGGAUAUGGGUUUUGAGCCUCAAAUACGGAAGAUUGUGAAAGAGAUACCUGCACGCCGCCAGACUCUCAUGUAUACGGCAACGUGGCCAAAGGAGGUCCGUAAAAUUGCUGCUGAUCUAUUGGUCAACCCGAUUCAAGUUAACAUCGGCAACAUAGAUGAGCUUGUUGCAAACAAGUCUAUCACUCAGUAUGUUGAAGUGAUGACAUCUAUGGAGAAGCAGAGACGGUUGGAACAGAUCUUGCGAUCCCAAGAACCAGGUUCCAAAGUCAUCAUUUUCUGCUCCACAAAGAAGAUGUGUGACCAGCUGUCUCGCACCCUAACCCGCCAGUUUGGAGCGGCUGCCAUUCAUGGCGACAAAUCUCAGGGUGAGAGGGAUUGGGUUUUGAGCCAAUUCCGCACUGGGAAAUCUCCUGUACUUGUGGCUACUGAUGUUGCAGCUCGAGGACUGGACGUUAAAGACAUACGGGUGGUUAUCAACUAUGACUUCCCAACAGGCAUUGAGGACUAUGUUCACAGGAUUGGAAGGACUGGAAGGGCAGGUGCCACAGGUUUGGCAUACACCUUCUUCUCUGACAAGGAUGCUAAGCACGCACCAGAUCUCAUCAAGGUCCUUAAAGGGGUGGGUCAGCAAGUUCCUCAAGAGCUACUCAACAUGGCUUCACAAUGUGGCGGCGGAAUGAGCAGAUUUCGUCGGUGGGGUUCUGGCCCUGGGGGUGGUGAUGGAGGCAGGUCAUAUGGUGCUGGACGGAAUGAUUCCGGUUACGGCAGCAGGGGCGGACGGGAUCCUCCGUCUUCUGGCUGGUCAGAGAGAGGCCAUGGUCAAAAUGAUUGGGAGCCUCAGAACAGGUAUGAUGGAGGCUACAAUGAUGGGCGGUUGGAGACACAUGGUGGGCGUGAUGGGACAUACGCUGGCGGUAGCAAUGACCAGGGAGCUGGAGAUAACUGCACAGGCUGCAGCUUUAGCCCGAGACCAAAGAGCGGAAGCGGGUGGGUUGACUGCAGGCGGAGCAGAAGCCGCAGCCGUAGUGUUGACAGGUAUGGUGGUGGCCCACCAUCCCCAUCGAGGACAGAUGCUUCGCCGCCUGCUCCGGGACCAGCAGGCCCGGAUCGUUUACCAUCACCACAGCAGUGGAGGUCGUCAUAUGAGGGUGAGAAUGUGGAGGAUGAACCUCAGCCGGAGCAUGAUGAACCUCAGCCGGAGCAUGGAGGGGAACAAGGCUUCAUCGAGCAGGAAGAAGAGGGCAUGAUUCCUGCAGAUGAAGAUGCGGUGAUUCUAAUAGAUUAG